GACCAUCAACCACCAAUGCUACUAAGCGGGGCUUCAAUCGUGAAGCAGGGCAUAGUGCGCAACCUACGAUCUGCUCUGCAACAGCAACAGCCAUGUGGCGUCGACCUCUCUUUGCGUCGUGUCUUAACAUGGACCUCACCGGCCACAAUCGACUUUGACAAUUCGCAUCGACAAGCUGCCACUACUUGCGAGCUACGCUUUGACAAAGAAACUGGCACUAUUAAACUACGCCAAGGGGCCUAUCUCGUCGAAUUCAACGAAACUGUCUCGGUCCCAUUGGACUGCAUGGGCCAGGUGUUUGUGAGGUCGUCACUAUGGCGGUCUGGUGCCACACUCACGGCGGGUGUUGUGGAUGCUGGUUACGAAGGCGCUCUCGGUGCAUUGCUGGAUGUCAAGAAUCCAGCCGGGAUUUUGCUCUAUAAGGAUGCCAAGCUGGGGCAGAUUGCGAUGCAUCAGUUGGAAGAAAAGGUUGCAGGCUAUCGUGGUGUUUAUCAAUUUUCGGGGAGCAGUCUGGGACGCGAUGGACCUAGCAAAAAGUAA